UUCUAACGGCUCCCCAAACAAGCCUGGUUGCUGUCAGAUGUGCUUCUAAGAAAACCGGGGGCAGCUCAAAAAAUUUAGGUGGCCGCAGCCCUGGGAAGCGAUACGGAUUCAAAAAAGUAGAAGGUGCAUUUGUGCAGGCAGGCAACAUUUUGGCUACGCAGCGGUUGAUACGCUGGCAUCCAGGGGCUCAUGUGGGGAUGGGCCGUAACAAGACACUCUAUGCCCUGGAGGAUGGGAUUGUGAGAUACACUAAAGAGGUCUACGUACCUCCUCCCCGCAGCAGUGAGAGCAGGGAAGUGAUCUGUCGUCUACCCAAAGGAGCAAUUCUUUAUAAGACCUUUAUCAGUGUUAUCCCUACCACAGAAGUAGGAAGCUUUAAACUGGUCACCAUGCUCUGAGCCUCCUUUGUCACCUAGGGACAGAUGGGAAGGAGCGGCUGGGGCAGACCGCUCCAGCUGGACUGGCAUCCCAGGACAAGAAUAUUCUAGCUCCGAAGAUACCAGCUUAGGACUUAGUUUGCUUGUUCCUAAAGCACAUGUGGUCAGUGUUCAGGUACU